AUGAUUGAUGACGAUAAAAAUGACAAUAAUAAUGAAGAUGAAAAGAAUGAUGCCAAGAUGCUGGUAUUGAUAACCGUAUAUGCAAGCGCAAAUGUCGCAAAACAACAAUGCUGUAAUUUGUAUUCCACCGAAUUUAUUCAGCGAAAUGAUGAUUAUCUGAAAAAUAUCAUUGGUAGUGGUAGUGAUAGUAAUGGUGAUAAUGAUAAUAAUAGUAGUAUUGAUGCUACAGAUGAAUACAAGUUAAUCAAUUGCAAAGCGCAAUGUGACGCACAAUGGAAAAGCAAUUUUCAUGAACAAGCCAAGCAAAAGAAAUGUUUAGCAUUUUAG